AUGUAUAUCAAUAACAAAGAGAUAAUUGAGGAUAAAACCAUAAAAGGAUAUAGCAAUCCAGUAGCCAGACUUAAACAAUAGAUUUUGUAAACUGUAAAUCUUCUUGAACUAAUUUUAAAUUCUCUUUUUUCAAAUAAUUUAUUUGCUUCUAUUUAUGUUAGAUUUCUAAAGUUGCUUAUUUUUUCUUUGUUAUAUCUAAGUAAUCUCCAUAUGUAUGAAAUAUCAAAUAUAGUAUCUAAUAAAGGAAUAAAUAUAUUUAGAUAGGAAAUUGUUAUUUGA